AUGUGGUUCGAGGAGAGUAGUUGGUCAAAUCUGCGGCUCACCGAACUCGUCGAAGAGUGGCGCGAUUUAUGGCCCUCAAAAAUCGAAUUUGUCGUUUCGGCCAUGAGCUAUUUGUUUGCGAUGACCAAUUUUUUGAAUAUGCCCAAGUUGAUUUUGCAGAAUGGUGGAUGUGAGUUUUUUUUUUGCGUUUUGUUCACGUGGAAAAUUUUAAUCUGAAGUUUUUUUGAAGCAAAAUUCAAAACUUAUUUUCAUUUUUUAUUAAAUCUAUAAAUUUUCACUGAAAAAAAUCUGAUUUAAGAAAUUCCAGUUGAAAAAUUCGCGAAAAUGAAUUUUUUAGACAAAAAAUCUCAAAUUUUCUUGAUAUAAAUCAUAUAACUAAAAAUUAAUUAAGAAAGUUUUGAAAUUAAAAUACUGGGCUGAAAAUUGGAAUUUAUUUUUUUAAAAUAAAAUCAGGUUCAAAUUUAAUUUUUCAAAAUUUUCCCGCAUAGUUUCUAGUUAUGCAAGGAGAUUUUGGAUUUUUUUGUAAAAAAUGUUUUCCAAGAUUUUUUUUAGGUAUUCGGUUUUAUAACAAUUUUUACCUAAAAAUUGUGAUAAAAUUCAAUUUUUCCUGAUUUCUGAGAUUUCUAUAAAAAUAAAAAAAUACCACUUUUGAAUUUGGUUCUAAAAAAUUCAAAUUAAAUUUUUGCACGUGAACUAAAUGACGUGGCAAUUUAAAAAUCCUGUCAAUUUUUUAAUUUUCAAAAAAAAAAACCUACAUUUCUACUGUUUAAAGGUGGAGUCUGAUAGGGUGAAUCAAGUCGAAAAAAAUCGAUUCAGCAAAUGUUAAAAAACAAUAUUCCUCUGAAAAACGUUGCUCAUGUUAGUCUGGGCUCCUCAAAAAUAAGCUCUGGAGCUCAAUUUUCAUCCAAAAUUCCUCCAAUUUUGAUCCAAAAUUCAAAAAUGGGCUCCCGAGCUCAAAAUUUCCUCAGAAAUCCCAAAUUUCCGCUUGAAAUCAUUAGAAAAAUGCUCCAAACCUCAAAAAAAAUAAGCUCUGGAGCUCAAUUUUCAUCCAAAAUUCCUCCAAUUUUGAACCAAAAUUUCAAAAAUGGGCUUCCGAGCUCAAAAUUUCUCAGAAAUCCCAAAUUUCCGCUUAAAAUCAUUGGAAAAAUGCUCAAAACCUCAAAAAUAAGCUCUGGAGCUCAAUUUUCAUCCAAAAUUCCUCAAAUUUUGAUCCAAAAUUCAAAAAUGGGCUCCCGAGCUUGAAAAUUUCUCAGAAAUCCCAAAUUUCCGCUUAAAAUCAUUGGAAAAAUGCUCCAAAUCUUCUUGUGGAAAAAUAGGAAAAAAAUAUAGUUUUUUUUAACAUUUGCUGAAUCGAUUUUCUCAAAAAAAAUUUUUUUAAAUUUUUUUUUUCCGACUUGAAACAUUCCAUUGCAUUUUAAUUGUUUUAGCUGGAAUUUAAUUAAAUCAGAAUUUUUGUUCUGUAAAAAUUCGAUGAUUUUUCGAUUCUAGGACGUGGAAAUUUUUCUAAAUUUCAAAUUUUUGAUGAAAAAUUGAAGACUUUCUAGAUUUUGAGCUCAAAAAUACUGAAAAUUGUUGUGGCCGAGUUUUUGCGGUUUCUAGGCCAUCUCUUCACGGAGUCAAACCUCGUGACCUAGAAAUCCAAAUUAGCCCAGGCCACGUGGAUUUUUGAAUUUAAACUCUUUAAAAAAUAGCUGAAAAUUGUUGUGGCCUAGUUUUUGAGAUUUUUGGAUUUCUAGGUCAUCUGGAUCUCAAAAUUCUUAAAUUGCUUGACAAGAAUUGGUGGCCUAGAAAUCCAAAACUCGGCCACGACAACAAAAUUCCCCAAUUUUUUUGCAGUAGCCUUCGUAAGUGCAUACGGUGCAAUCCUCGCCGUCCUCUGCCUACCCACAAUAAUCCUCGAAAUGGCCGUCGGUCAAGUCACCGGCCGUGCCCCAGUCCUCGCCUUCUACCAUCUUUUCCCCGUCUUCAAAGGCAUCGGCGUCGCCCAAAUCCUCUUCUCACUCAUCGUGCUAGCCGCUAUGACCAAAUUCCUCUCCACCCUCUCACUAUUCCUCUACUAUUUCUUCUGGACCCUCCACUCAGCCAAAACUGGCCUGCCUUGGUUGAAUUGCCGACAAUUUCCCGAAUUUUUGUCGUUUCCCUGUAGAGAAGCGGGAGCUAUGGCGAAUUUUAGUCAGAUUGGAGCGAAUCGUAUGAAUACGAUUCAAGCGGAGAGUUCGAUGAUGCAAUUCUUGACGUGGGUUUUUUUGGGGCCGGGGACUAGAAAUCCAAAUUAGGCCGUGCGGGGCUUUUUGGCCCGAAAAAUUGAUCAUUUUUGAAAGGUUUUGCCCAAAUUUGGCUCUGAAAAUUGUUGUGGCCGAGUUUUUGAGGUUUCUAGGCCACAUUUACGCAGAGUUAAAUUGUGACCUAGGAAUCCAAAUUACUAAAAAAGUAGCUGAAAAUUGUUGUGGCCGAGUUUUUGAGAUUUUUGGAUUUCUAGGCCAUCUUUGAUAUUUGUGACCUAGAAAUCCAAAUUAGGCCAUGCCACGUGGAUUUUUGGAUUAAAACUCUUUAAAAAUAGCUGAAAAUUGUUGUGGUGGCCGAAUUUUUGGAUUUUUUGGAUUUCUAGGCCAUCUGAAGCUGGUUAAGCUCGAAGAAAUUGUUUGACAAGAAUUGGUGGCCUAGAAAUCCAAAAACAUCAAAAUCUAGGUCACGAGAUUGAAAAAAAACUCAAAAUUUUCGGAAAGAGGUUCGGUGGCCUAGAAAUUCGAGAAUUGAAAUUCUAGGCCACAAAAUUAUGCAAAAGGUUUUGCUCAUAAAAAAAAAACCCUUGAGAAUGGCCGUAAAAUUUUCAAAUUUUCCGUGGCCGAGAAAACCAAUUUAGGCCAUGCCACGUGGAUUUUUGGAUUUUUAAUCAAAAAAUAGCUGAAAAUUGGUUUUUUUUUAAAUAGCUGAAAAGGUGGAUUUUUGGUUUUCUAGGCCAUCUUGCGGUUUAGCCCGAAAUGACAAGAAUCGAUGGCCUAGAAACCCAAAAACAUCAAAAUUUAGGCCACGAGAAAAUUAAGUUUCCGUGGCCUAGAAAUUCAAGCUUUGAAAUCCUAGGCCACAAAAUUAUCCGUAAUAAAAAAUAACAUUUUCCGUGGCCUAGAAAACCAAACCAAGUUUUUGAGAUUUCUAGGCCAUCUCUUCACAGAGUCAAAUCGUGACCUAGAAAUCCAAAUUAGUUGUGACCUAAUUUUUGGGUUUCUAGGCCAUAUUUGAAAACAGCUUAUUUGUGACCUAAAAAUCCAAAAAAAAAACAUUUUCCAUGGCCUAGAAAACCAAAUCUCUAUGCAGAUUCCUCGAGCGUCCCAGUGAAUCCAUCGCCGACUUCAACGAUUUCCGCUAUCCCGUGCUGAUUGCUCAAUCUGGAAUCUGGAUCUUCGUCUUCAUCGCAAUCUGCUUCGGCGUUCGAUUCGUCGGCAAAACCGUCUCAUUCCUCCUCUUCAUCGCCCUGAGUUCCCUCAUCGGACUCUUCAUCAGAUGUUCCACGCUGGGCGGAGUUUCAGAGAUUCUGGAGAUCUACUGGAAAUCUACUGAUUGGCAAAAGCUCGAGGAUAUUCAGAUGUGGAAGUUGGCAGCGGAACAAGCGAUUUUGGGCACGGGAAUCGGGUUUGGAGCAUUUAUCACAAUGUCGUCUUAUAUGAGACGAAAUAAUAAUUUGGUAUGGGAUUCGAUGUUUUUGACAAUUUGGCAUGCUGUUAUUACUUUUGUGCAAACUGUCACUGUGAUUUGCCUGGUUGGAUACGUUUCAAUGAAAACUGGAAUUGCGCCAAGCGAAUUGUUGGAUCAGGGAGAAACACAAAUGUGGUAUUUGUUGGCGUAUGUCUCGUAUUUGCCACGUCUUUGGACGGGAGUGAUUUUGGUGAUUUCGAUUUGUACGAUGGCUAGUGUUUUGGUGAGUUUUUUGAAGGGGGAAUUUCGAAAAUUCGAAAAAAAAUUGAGUUUUGCAAGCCUGGCACACCUUUUUCCAGGUUUUUUCCGUUUUUUGACCUUCAAAAUUAAAAAAAAAUCAGAUUUCUCAUUAAAAAAAGUGAUUUAAUUUUUUUUUGGCUUCAAAUUUCAAAAAUUCUGAAAAAAAUUGAAUUUUGCAAACCUGGCAUGUUUUAUUUUUCAAAAUUUGAAAAAAAUUAUUUUAAAAAUGGGCGUGGCUUGGUUUUGCAAACCUGGCACACCUUUUUCUCUGAAAAAUUUGAAUUUUGCAAGCCUGGCACACUUUUUUUCUCCAAAAAUUUGGAAUUUUGCAAGCCUCGCACACUUUUUUCUUUGAAAAAUUUGAAUUUCGCAAGCCUCGCACACUUUUUUUCCUGGAAAAUUUGAAUUUUGCAAGCCUCGCACAUUUUUUUCUCUGAAAAUUUGAAUUUUGCAAGCCUGGCACACUUUUUUUCUCUGAAAAUUUGAAUUUUGCAAGCCUCGCACAUUUUUUUCUCUGAAAAAUUUGGAAUUUGGCAAGCCUCGCACAUUUUUUUCUCUGAAAAAUUUGGAAUUUUGCAAGCCUCGCACACUUUUUCCCACGUUUUUUUCAUUUUUGACCUUCAAAAUUAAAAAAAAAAAGUGUGCCAGGCUUGCGAAAUUCAACCACGCCCUUUGGAAAAAGCUAUUUUUGUACAAAAUCAAAUUCUAGAAAAAAUCCCCGGGGACUAACUUCCCAACCCUGAAAAUUCUAGUCCCCCAGCCAUCCAUUUCUCUAUUUUUUCUUUUUUUUCCAGGUUAUCCUAACUCUGUCAGUCCUCUCAACAGUCGAAGACGCAUUCGGUGAAAAUUGGUCGAGAUGUUGUCGACGAUUUUUCUUGGCUCUUUUUCUCGCCGCUUUCUGCUUUUCUUUGACACUUUAUUUCUCGACAAAUGUGAGUUUUUAUCUUGAAAAAUUGGAAAAAAUUUGAAAAUAAACAAUUCGAUUUAGAAAAUGUCGAAAAACUAUAUUUUUUCCUAUUUUUUGACAUUUUUUUCCACACAAAAAUGAUUUUUUAACGGAAAAAAAUUCCCUGAAAAUUAUACGUUUCAAAAUUAUAUCAAGAAAAUUUGGAAUUUUUCAAAAUUUUUUAAAAUCAAAUUAAAAUCCCAGAAUUUCCCCAGAAUUUUCUCUGAAAAUUUUGCAAUCUGAAAUUAAUUUCAGGCCGGACGACACGCUUAUGAGCUCACCACUGGAAGCAUCAAAUAUGUGACGAUUUAUGCGAUCUUGGCUGUUGAACUUUUUGCAACCGCUUGGUUGUAUUGUGAGUUGAAAAAAUCUUUGCCACGUGGCAUGGGAAAUUUUGAAAAAUCUGCAAUUUUGCGUAGAAUUUGGUGUAAAAUUUGAAAAUUCUUUGAAAAAAAAACCUGAAAAAUUCUUUGUUUUUUGAUUUUUUUUUGAAGAAAACUGAAAUUUUCUCUCGAAAGUUUCUGAAGUCUCACGGGAAUUUCAGCCAAAAUAAAAGAAUCUUUGAAAAAAGCUGAAAAUUCUCUGAAAUCUCAAAAAUUCAAAAAUUUUCAGACAAAUCACAAAUUCCUUCUGAAAUUUUUGGAAAUUUGUUUAUUUUUCCCCUCAAUUUUCAAAAAAAUCUGGAAAGUUCUUUGAUUUUUGAAUUUUUUCAAUUUUCAAGUCAAAAUGAGAGAAUCUUUGAAAAAAGCUGAAAAUCCCAAAAACUUCUGAAAAAUUGAAAAAAAAUUUCUGAAAAUUCUGAAAAAUUGAAAAAAAAAUUCCAAAAUUUCUGAAAAAUUGAAAAAAAAAUUCAAAAAUUUCUAAAAAAAAAGUUGAAAAAAAAAUUCAAAAAAUUUAAUUUUUUAUUAUAAACUGGGGAAAUUUCUGAAAGUUUAGGCAAUUAAAAAUUAAAAAUCAAAAAAAAAAGAAAACUGAAAUUUCUUCUGAAAGUUUCUGAAAUCUCACAAAAUUUUCAGUCAAAAUGAGAGAAUUUUAAAAAAAAGCUGAAAAUUCCAAAAAAUUCUGAAAAAUUAAAAAAAAAUUUCAAAAAUUUCUCAAAAUUUCUCAAAAUUUAGGCAAUAUUGAAAAUAUUACGAUUGAAAAAAAUUAAAAAAAAUUAAAUUUCGGAAAAAAAUUGGAAUUUUUCCUAAAUUUUGGGAAAUUUCCCCAGUUUAUUAAAAAAAAAUAAAAUUUAGAAAUUUUUUUUUCAAUUUUUCAGAAUUUUCUGAAAUUUUAGAGAUUUCACAAACUUUCAGAAGAAAAUUCAGUUUUCUUGAAAAAAUUCCAAAAAUUUAAAGAACUUUUCAGGUUUUUUUGAAAAUUGAAGGGAAAAAUGAACAAAUUUCCAAAAUUUCAGAAGGAAUUUAUGAUUUGUCUGAAAAUUUUUGAAUUUUUGAGAUUUCAGAGAAAUUUUAGCUUUUUUCAAAGAUUCUCUCAUUUUGGCUGAAAUUCCCGUGAUAUUUCAGAAAUUUUCAGAAGAAAAUUCAGUUUUCUUGAAAAAAUUCAAAAAUUUAAAGAAUUUUUCAGGUUUUUUUGAAAAUUGAAGGGAAAAAUAUUUCUAUAAUAUUUCAGGUUUUUCAAAUUUUACACCAAAUUUCAGAAGGAAUUUCAGUUUUCUCGGAAAAAUUCAAAAAAAAAUUCCAAAAAAAAUCUUUCAGGUGCUCACAAACUUGGCUCGGAUCUUCACACAAUGAUGUCAUCCCGAUGUUGCUCAUGUUUCGGUCAUUUCUUCCUCUACUUCACCUAUCUUCUACCUGUAAUUCCAGCCGCAAUUGUGUUUUUCAACGCGCAAAACUACAAUUUCGCCACAUUCUCGGCGCCAAUUCACGAAUGGAAAUGGUCGGAAUUUGUGGUGGCUGGGCUGGCUUUGGGACCAUUGGUCCCAAUUCCAUUUUAUUUCUUGUUUACACUUUGUGCAGCUUGUUGUUGUAAGGGAAAUGAGCAUAAGACGACGUGUAAGGUGAGUUUUUUGAUUUUUAAAAUUUAAAUUGUAAUUUUGAGAUUUCAGACUCAAAAAAAAGCCUGGAAAAAUAGGUUUCAAGAAUUUUCUAUCUGAAAAUCUGAAAAAUUUCAGUUUUUCAAUUUUUCACUGAAAAAUCUAGAUGAAUUCCAGACUUUUAUUAAAAUUCAAAUUGUAAUUUUGAUAGAAGUUUAGACUCAAAAAAAGCCUGGAAAAAUAGGUUUCAGCAAAUUUCUAUCUGAAAAUCCAAAAAAAACAGCCGAAGAUCUGAUUUUACUGGAAUUUGGCUGAAAAUCGAUUGUUUUUUAAUUGGACUAUUUUUUUCCAGAAAAUAUUCAGGUUUUCAAAUUUGCACUUCAAAAAUCUAGUAUUUUGCAACUGAAUUUACACUUGAAAAAAUUCCGGAGAAAAUACGUUUCAAGAAUUUUUUAACUGAAAAUUCAAUCGAAAUGUUUUAGUAACUUAAAUGAAUUCAAAAUCUAGAAAUUCCAAAAAUACUGCUUCAAAAUUUCCUUUCAAAAAAUUCAACCUUAUUGAAUUGCUCAUGUUAAACUUUUUAUCAAAAAUCUGAAAAAAAUCAAUUUUGUCAGUAAAGAAUUUCUUGAGUUCAAGUUUUCAGUUUUUCAAUUUUGCACUUGAAAAAAUUCCGGAGAAAAUACGUUUCAAGAAUUUUUCAAUUGAAAAUUCAAUCAAAAAUAUUUUAGUUUCGAGAAAUAAAAAGAAAAUUUCAAAAUUCACAUUCAAAAUCAGGAAAUUCCUUUUUUCCUCUCAAAAUUUCAGUUGGAUAACUUAAUUGAAUUGCUCAUGUUAAACAAUUUAUCAAAAAAUCUGAAAAACCAGAAAAUUUAAUUUUGUUAGUAAAGAAUUUCUUGAAUCAAGAAUUUCAGUUUUUAAAUUUUGCACUUGAAAAAAUUCCGGAGAAAAUACAUUUCAAACAUUUUUUAACUGAAAAUUCAAUAGAAAAUCGUUUUAGUCUUAAGAAAUAUCAACAAUUUUCAAAAUUCCCAUUCAAAAUCUAGAAAUUCCUUUUUUUUUCCUCUCAAAAUUUCAGUUGGAUAACUUAAUUGAAUUGCUCAUGUUAAAUUUUCUAUUAAAAAAUCUGAAAAAAUCAAUUUUGAUAGUAAAGAAGUUCUUGAAUCAAGAAUUUCAGUUUUUCAAUUUUGCACUUGACAAAAAUUCCGGAGAAAAUACGUUUCAAAAAUUUUUUAACUGAAAACAAAUCAAAAAAUUUCAAAAAAUACUUCCUUUCAAAAAUUCCUUUCAAAAAAUUCAACUUAAUUAGAUUGCUCAUGUUAAAUUUUCUGAAUUUUUCCAGCGUCUCCGCGGUGUUUUCGGCUCCCGCCUCCAAAACAUUCGACCCAACCAAAACGAAAAAUCAUCGCAAUAUCUCUCGUCAUCUUUCCGGCGGAGCCAACCACAGUGCGCACAGCUCAAAUCCACCGCGAUACACGACAAACGCGCCCGGCUACCGCCUCCUUCCGCAAGCGCCGCUUGCGGAACCCGAAAUUUAUGCCUGA